AUGUAUCUGAUAUUAUUUUAUGUGCUAGCGUUUUUUCAUGGACAACUUACUGAGGCAAAGAUUAAGAAUGGAACGGCAACCAAGAUUAUCAAAUUAAAGAAAGCCCUGGUGAACGCAUUAGAAGUUUAUCAAGUCCGGACUGGAAAUGUCAACCUUUUCAUGCCGCCGAAAAAUAAAAGCCAGAUUAGCGGCAUGAACACAAACACAAAUGUUAACCAAAUUAAAAUACAAUCAGGGAUAUGGAAUAUUUUAAAGCCAAAUAAAGUCCCUCCACCGAAAAAAAAUCAAACAACUCCCCAAGGCAGCAAUCCAGUGAACAAUACAGGCACCAAUCCAGGCAACAAUCAAGGUAACAAUCAAGGCAAAAAGCCAGGCAACAAUCAAGGCAACAAUCAAGGUAACAAUCAAGGCAACAAGCCAGGCAACAGUCAAGGCAACAAUCAGAGCAACAAUCCAGCCUCCAAACCAGGCUCCAAUUCAGGCUCCAAUCCAGGCUCCAAACCAGGCUCCAAUCCGGGCUCCAAUCCAGGCUCCAACCCUGGCUCAAAUCCAGGCAACAACCAAGGCAACGGUCAAGUUAGCGAUCCAGCCAUUACGAAUCCAGAUCCUAAAUUGCCAGCGGUAGACAAGAACACACUUGCGGGAAUUUGCCGGCAACUAUAUGAAGCACUCAUGAACAUUUCAUAUGAAGAACUUGUUGAGUUGUCUGAAAUGGAAAACAUUAAUUUUAAUAUAUUAAAGGAUACGCUAGCAUUUAUAAUGGGAUCACUCAAUGAAGUCGUUGUGACUCCACCUCCUAACUCUUUAAUAGAUCUAGAAAAAUUCUGUGGCCCGCUUGGUUGCAAGGCCACCUGCACACCAAAACACUGUAAGUUACAAAUAGGAAACCAGGAAUAUGAUCAACUUAAACGUAAUCCAAAGAUUUAAUAAAUAAAAAGAAAUUUUAUAAAUCUA